UGAUGGGAUCUGGGUUCUCAGACUGCUGCUUCCCAUCCCCCGCCACACACCCGCUGUCAGGUGUCUACGGACGCCGAGCCCCAGGUUAUCUUAUGAUGAGGCUUUUGCUAUGGCUAAUGACCCCUUGGAAGGCUUCCAUGAAGUAAACCUUGCUUCACCUACUUCUCCGGACCUUCUUCGUGUGUAUGAGCCAGGGACUCAAGAGCAGAGUACCUCACCCAGUGUCAUCUACCGGCCACAUCCUUCAGCUUUAUGCUCUGCACCUAUCCAGGCUAAUGCAUUAGAUGUUUCUGAACUUCCUACACAGCCUGUUUAUUCAUCCCCCAGACGUUUAAAUUGUGUGGAAAUAUCUAGCAUCAGCUUUCAUGUUACAGACUCAGCACCUUGUUCUACCUCUGGAAUCACCUCUGGGUUAACUAAAUUAACUACACGAAAGGACAGCUGUAAUACAGAGCGGGAGUUUUUACAGGGUGCUACUAUAACAGAGGCUUGUGAUAGCGGUGAUGAUAUUUUUGGGUUGAGUACCGAUAGUCUGUCUCGUUUACGAAGCCCAUCUGUUUUGGAAGUCAGAGAAAAGGGCUAUGAACGAUUAAAAGAAGAACUCGCAAAAGCUCAGAGGGAACUGAAGUUAAAAGAUGAAGAAUGUGAGAGGCUUUCAAAAGUGCGAGAUCAACUUGGACAGGAAUUGGAAGAACUCACAGCUAGUCUAUUUGAGGAAGCUCAUAAAAUGGUGAGAGAAGCAAAUGUCAAGCAGGCAACAGCAGAAAAACAGCUAAAAGAAGCACAAGGAAAAAUUGAUGUACUUCAGGCUGAAGUAGCGGCACUGAAAACACUUGUAUUGUCCAGUUCUCCAACAUCACCUACGCAAGAGCCUCUGCCAGGUGGAAAGACACCUUUUAAAAAGGGGCAUUCAAGAAAUAAAAGUACAAGCAGUGCUAUGAGUGGCAGUCAUCAGGACCUCAGUGUGAUACAGCCAAUUGUAAAAGACUGCAAAGAGGCUGAUUUAUCCCUGUAUAAUGAAUUCAGAUUGUGGAAGGAUGAGCCCACAAUGGACAGAACAUGCCCUUUCUUAGACAAAAUCUACCAGGAAGAUAUCUUUCCAUGCUUAACAUUCUCAAAAAGUGAGUUGGCUUCAGCUGUUCUGGAGGCUGUGGAAAACAAUACUCUCAGCAUUGAACCGGUGGGAUUACAACCUAUCCGAUUUGUGAAAGCUUCUGCAGUUGAAUGUGGAGGACCAAAAAAAUGUGCUCUCACUGGCCAGAGUAAGUCCUGUAAACACAGAAUUAAAUUAGGGGACUCAAGCAACUAUUACUAUAUUUCUCCUUUUUGCAGAUACAGGAUCACUUCUGUAUGUAACUUUUUUACAUACAUUCGAUAUAUUCAGCAGGGACUUGUGAAACAACAGGAUGUUGAUCAGAUGUUUUGGGAAGUUAUGCAGUUGAGAAAAGAGAUGUCAUUGGCAAAGCUGGGAUAUUUCAAAGAGGAACUCUAAUUCUCUGCGUGGGACCAUGCAUGAACUUCCCUAAAUAACUGAAAAGUGGUUGAAUAUUUUUAUGGUUACAUGAAAUUUAUCUCCAAGGAGUGGGCCCAAGACUUUUUCCCCCUUUUGCAAAUUGCUCUGAGAAGACCGUGAUUUCUUUUAAACUGACCUAUGCUGUGUUUGCUUAUUUUUUAGUUGAACACACAAUAAAGGAUUACAGGUGUACUAGUGAUUGUAAUUUAUAGUUGCAGGAAAAAACCCUAAUAAAGAAAUGUUAAGUUGAUUG